AGAGAUUCAUAAUUUAAAGCAUAGUUUCGGACAAGAAAUAUACAAAAGGAACAGCUGUCAAAAUGAGAAGAAAUCGGAAAUAAGUAGUGUUGAUGUCACAACUGACCAUCUUUGUGUUGAAGUGGAGAUAAUCAAGAGUAAUCAGUAGAUUAUAUCCAUAAUGAUUGAGGUAUCAGGAUUUCUCCCAAGAGGAAGUGUCUAUUUGGCCGGGGAGACAGUGAAGUGUAUUGUUACCAUUACAAAUCUGUCCAAACAAUCACAAAAUAAUGUAGAUUGUCUAGCAUGGGCCAGUGUCCAGAUAAACUGUCAGUGUUCAGUGAGCGACACAAGGAUAAACCUACCAUACACCAGAAAGCUGUCAUCAGAAGAGAUAUCUCCUUCUUCAUCAGACACAUCUUUUGUUCCUAACAGAGGUGAACAAGGAAUGACUGUUCUGUCCACCAAACCCAGAAUUCUGUUUUGUGAUUUAAAGCUAAGACCAGGUGAAAGUAAAUCAUUUGCAUUUGAAGACGUUAUCCCCGCAGAUGCUCCCCCCUCCUACAGAGGGCAGGCUAUAAAAUACUCUUACAAACUGACCAUAGGGGCUCAGAUGCUAGAUCAUCCCACAAAAUUACUGAGGUUGCCAUUCAGGGUGCUAGUUUUACAUGGAAUGAAUGAUGUAAGUGUGUACAUGGAUGGAGAGGAAGUACAGCCAAGCAAUCCUUUUUUAAAACAGGAGCAGAGUGAAAACAACCUGUUAGAUAUAGCCAUGCAGGUUUUGGCCACUAUUACUGCCAGGAAAACACCUUACUUCUACAACAUUACAAAUGCUAAAGGGAAAGUAGCAAAAUUCACAUUAUUUAAGCAAGCUUAUAAACUAGGUGAGGAUAUUGUUGGCAUGUUUGAUUUCUCAGAAGGCACGGUUCCCUGUGUUCAGUUUUCAGUCACAUUACAAAGUGAAGAGCAGAUUGCAGAAGAGUGUCGCCGUAAAGUUGGCCAUGGUUCAUCUUGCACAUCAUAUGUUAAACACCAAGAUAUGUGCCUACAUACUCAAAAGACUCAUAUCAAUGUCCCUGUGCCUCUCUCAGUAACGCCAGGAUUUAUGACAGACAUUGUUUGUCUGAGAUGGCGCCUGCAUUUUGAGUUUGUCACAUCCUGUGACCAAAUUCCUGAAUUGGAGACUCCUGAAAGGCCUGAUGCAAGUGCAGUUUGGUCUGGACCUUCCAAUUUGAAUGUUGAAACUAUGAUCUGGGACUUACCAAUUAAAAUAUAUCCAACAAAUCCAUUACAUGCCUGUAGCUCAACACAAUUGAAAACUUAUACAUCAAUUACACUCUAAGUAAUAAUCAUACUGGACUUUUGUGGAGUAUAUCAUUAACAAUGUUGAACCUAAUGGUAAUUUGUCAAUAAAUUGUAUUUGAGUAC